UGGACUGGACUACUCUCGGCCAUGGCACGAUAGUUACGUGGCGGCCAGACAGAACAUCAAGGAAAACCUACACACCCUCCACCCCUCUAUGCAGACUGUCCUCAGGAUGUGUCAGUCUACACUGGGCAACAUGAUCCUUGUAGACUGCUCAAACUUCAGAGCCAAUGGACCAGUGGAAUUUGAGUCCUUUAAGAACACCCUUAUUCUGGAUCUAGAGAAAACAGAGGAUAAAUUGAACAACAGCUGGUUCCCUGGCAUUAUCAAUGUCUUUGCAGACAAGAACACAUUUGUUUCACCCAAGGCUGAAAAGCUGGACUCAUUCUUUGAAUGUGUGACAACACUGAUCUCAAACCAGCUGAAGGAUUUACUAGUGAGAACCAUUGACAGUUACGUCACUCUGUUUGAUCCUAACGACAAGUCCAAGCUGCCUCUGAUGAAGAUGGAGCUGACCUUUGAUGACCAGAAAAUGCAGUUUUAUCCCCCAAAGGAAGAUUUAGAGGAGACCGCCCUCUUUGUGGUCAACCACAUCUGUAAGGCCAUGCAGCAGGUGCCCACCGUCCAGUCAUGGUUAGCCGGUGGCAGCACGGUCAACCACACAGACGCCACCGUGGCAGAGCAUGUGGUUAAAGCUGCAGUUCAGACGUUGAAGGAGGCAGUGAAGAGAGAAUUUGAAGGGCCACAGUUACACCUAGAUUCAUUUGUAAAGAGAUAUGACUACAUUGUGAAUGGAGAAGCCCUGAAAGAAAUUCAAGAAUAUGUGAAAUAUGAGCACACUUUUGCUGAGUAUCAGAAACAUAUUGAUAGAUACAGAAAUCUUGCCAGUGAGAUCAUGGGACUGCCGAGUAUAGAACACUUUGACAUGAUUCGUCUGGAUUGUGAGGACCUAAAGCGAGGAUUGGCUGAGGCCGCCCGAGGAUUGGCUGACGAACUCCUCAGAAAAGUCUCCGAUGACCACAGAGCUGAAAACAAGAGCAUUUGUGAGGAAUUCCAGACAAUCAGAGACAAGGCUCUGAAAACCCCCGAUUCCAGUGAAGAGUUGAUGGAAAUGGUGAAGUUCACACAGGAGGCUAGAACCAGUGGAAUGGUGAAACUGAAUGAACGCAUCAAGGAGUCUAAGGACCGGCUGGCCUAUCUUAUUGAUGUGUACAUGUUCCCACCAGAGGACAUUGAACUGAACUGUGAGGUUCUGACCUGGCCAAAUAGAAUCUCACCAGUCUUUGAUGAAAAUGACGAGCUGAUAGAGAAAUCUAAACAAGCAGGAGAGCGCCAGUUAUUGGAGAAGAGAGAGAAGGUAAUAGCAGAGCUGAGAGAGACUCCGACAGCGUGUGGAUGA